GCAAAUCGGGGAGAGGGUUGGGUUGCUAGUUUGUUUGAAAUGGACGAGGAGAAGCUUCAGAAAUUCGUGGAAGCCUACUUGAAGAAGAAAGGGCUCAAGUUAACGGAGCACGCUCUCCAAGAAGAACUUCAGCAAUCCACCACCAAUUCUUCUUCCUCCCCGGUCUCUCAAUUCGACCCCGACGUCGUCAGGCAAAUCCUCGCCUUCUCCGAAUUUGAGGAUGGUCCAGCACGGUACCAAGAUGGAUAUGCCAAGUUGAGGUCAUGGACUUAUACUUCUCUGGAUUUGUACAGGCAUGAGUUGCUUCGUGUUCUUUAUCCGGUAUUCAUUCAUUGUUUCAUGGAUCUGGUUGCCAAAGGUCACAUUCAAGAAGCUCGGACAUUUUUCAAUAGCUUCCGUGAAGACCAUGAAAUGAUGCACCUACGAGAUCUACAGAAGUUGGAAGGAGUUCUUUCGCCCUCUCAUUUAGAGGAGAUGGAAUUUGCUCAUUCUCUUAGGCAGAGCAAAGUGAACAUAAAGAUAUGUCAGUACUCCUACGAGCUUCUGCUACAGUUUUUGCACAAGUCACAGUCCACCACAAUGCUUGGGAUUAUCAAUGAGCAUAUUAAUUUCCAAGUUUCUCCUGGACAACCUAGCUCAAUUACUGAUGAUGCUGAGGCUGUAACACUUACUGGAGGCAGCCAGGAGUCGGCUAAUCAAAUAAACCAGAAGGAAAUUCAUUGGGGGUUGCUUGAAGAUUCCUUGGAAGAACGCUUGGAAAAGGCCGGGGGAAUGGCUUUAGAUUCUGAAAAAGCAGAAGGGGAAACCAAAGAAGGGGAGGGUGAUGAAAAUAAGAAAAAAUCAAUUGAAGGAGGUAAACAGGGUGCUUCAAUCAAAAAGCAAAAAAAGGACAAGGCUGUUAGUGCAACAGUGAAAAGUGCACGCCCCGAGGCAACCACUGUACCUACAGCACCACGAGUCAAACCAGAACUUACUUUGCCAGUAAUUCCAACAGAAGUUGAACAGUCUAUUCUUGAGGACUUGAGAAACCGUGUACAGUUGAGUAGUGCUGCGUUGCCAUCUGUCAGCUUUUAUACAUUUAUCAACACACACAAUGGGUUAAACUGUUCAUCUAUAUCCCAUGAUGGAUCCCUGGUUGCUGGUGGAUUUUCUGACUCGUCGCUGAAGGUCUGGGAUAUGGCAAAGAUUGGGCAACAAUCUGUUGGUUCAAUUCUGCAGGGUGAAAAUGGUACCACUUCAAGUGAACUAGUUGCUGGAUCAAAUGGCGGGAAAAGGCCAUAUACAUUGUUUCAGGGUCAUUCAGGGCCAGUUUAUUCUGCUACUUUCAAUCCUCUGGGUGAUUUUAUACUUUCCUCUUCAGCAGACUCAACUAUUCGGUUGUGGAGCACAAACCUAAAUGCCAAUCUUGUUUGCUACAAGGGUCAUAACUACCCUGUAUGGGAUGUUCAGUUUAGCCCAGUAGGUCAUUAUUUUGCCAGUGCAUCACAUGAUAGAACAGCAAGAAUUUGGACUAUGGACAGAAUACAGCCUCUGAGAAUAAUGGCAGGGCACUUAUCUGAUGUUGAUUGUGUACAAUGGCAUUCCAACUGCAACUACAUUGCAACUGGUUCUAGUGACAAAACAGUUAGAUUAUGGGACGUGCAGAGUGGAGAGUGUGUCCGAAUAUUUAUUGGCCACAGGAGUAUGAUUUUAUCUCUUGCAAUGUCACCUGAUGGUCGGUACAUGGCUUCGGGUGAUGAAGAUGGCUCAAUCAUGAUGUGGGAUCUUUCAAGUGGCCGCUGCGUUACACCUUUGAUGGGUCAUACCUCAUGCGUAUGGACAUUGGCUUUCAGUGGUGAAGGUUCACUCCUUGCUUCUGGAUCUGCUGAUUGCACGGUAAAAUUAUGGGACGUAACUGCAAGUACAAAGUUGCCAAAAGCUGAAGAAAAAAGUGGAAGUGCUAGCAGACUGAGGUCAUUGAAGACUUUACCAACCAAGUGUACGCCUGUCUACUCCUUACGGUUUUCUCGAAGGAAUCUUUUGUUUGCAGCCGGGGUCCUUUCAAAAACUGUAGAAGUACACUCCCUCCAGACCUGAUCUAAUUCGAAGAGGCCGCCUAAGUUUGCUGUGCUCUGCAGUUCUGCAUCACCUCACCACAAGAAACUCUUUUAUCUUGGAUCCCUCCUCUAUUAAUUACUGCAGUGUACGGGACAAAACUAGCUAGAGUAAAUGAUAAUGUGAGACCCUCACCUUCUUUUUUUUUUUUUUUUUUUUUCAUUUGGAUUGAGAUGAUGCAAACGUAAAGCCGUCUUACCGUUCUCAUUUGUUAUACUGAAGCUCGUAUUUUCCACUUGUAUGGCGCAUUUAAAAUAAAGGUUUUCAUGGCUGCCCUCAUAGUUUCA